ACCACCCUGUUCGUGGGUACGAAACGUGGCGCGCGCAGAAGCGCGAGGGCUGCGGGACCGAGCGGAGACACAGGAAUGUGCGGAGCGGCGCGCGACGUCUUCUGAGGCAAGCCAAGGCAAGCGAGAGAUGAAAAGAGGCACCUUCCACCUGCUGGGCACGCGGAAGAGCCCGUCGCUGUACGACGCCCCCGUGCAGGAGGUGAAGGAGACAGAAAAUGUGGUCCUGGAUUUGGGCUCAGCUGCCAUUCCCGAGUCGGGCACGGCCCGGGUGAAGCCGCGGCCCACCGUGAAGCACCACAUGGCAUCUGCUUCUUCCCCUGAUGACCUGUAUGGCUUGGCUGUCCCAACUCCGACAGUACCCCUCCUGCCUCCGGCCAACGGUGCCACACCAGCAGGGAAAGCAAACAUGAACAUGUUACGCAGUGGAAAUUCUGGUCUUCAGGCAUUUGAUGGACAGGACAUCAUUCCUCCACCUCCACCUAUGGAGCCUCCACCCCCACCCCCUCAGAAAACCCCUCCUGCUCCAGUUAGCUUCCCAUACCAACCCUCAGUUCCUCCCACCUGGCAACCAUCAUCCCCAAAGCCUCAGUCCAUCUCAGUGAUUCCACCUCAGAAGUUUCUUACAGAUCCAUCCAGCACCAGUGCUUCUCCAUCUGGUUCAUUCAUGCAGUCUCAUGGUCCAGCUUCUGCUAAACAUGGCAUUGUGACCCCCUUCUCACUUCCUGAUUUAUCCAUGGGGCAGUCACAACCCACGAGUCCCAGGAUCCAGAAGGUUCCCCCUCCAAAGCCACACAGGCUUUCCUCCAUCUCCAGCCAAGAUGGGAUUACACAGAUUCCAAGCCCAGUUCCACCUUCCCAAGAUGCUGCACCAUCCAGUUUCAACCCGCAGAACAAGGCUAAGCUGUACAACAUAGCCAAAACCAGUCUUCUGAGUAGCCAAAAAGAUGUUGAACCAAAGCAAAAGCCCAUACUCUUACUGGAGGAGUCUCCUUCAGAUCCAUUUGUGGUUCAAGCCAACAAUAAGGCUCCUACUCCUAUCAAGGGUCAAGAGUUGGCUGCCAGGCAGAUUGCUCCUAAUAAGCCAGCCAAGAGCAAUGCUGCAGAAGCCCAACUGCAGAAAGACCUGGCUGAUGUCACGGACAACCAGAUGGCCCCUCCUCCGAGUGGCACAAGAGAGGCUCAGCAGUUUCCUCUCCAGGAUUUGGCAUCAUCUGUGACUUCAAGUAAUUCCAGUGGAGCCACUCAACCCAUCCCAGAACAUCCUUCCAAGCUGGUGGAGGCUAGCCCAAACUCGAGCUACAUCAUGACCCAGUCUAGCAAAAGACACAGACUGGAGGGUGGCCAAAAGCCAUACUACCACAACAGAGGAAGCAGGGCCACAGGUUUAAAGGAGAAGACCACCUCACCCAUGAGCCUUCUGCUUGCUGCCAAAGAGAGAGAGAAGCGCAAGACCUUUGCCACCUCAAACAAGCAGGCUGAAACCAGUGCCAUCGGUGAGGCCUCCUUUGUGGGAAUCAGCCUAAGUGAUACCAGUCAUCUUCGGUCAUCUUCCCCAUCAGCAUCUACUGUUUAUCAUGUGGAGGACUUUCCAGGACAGGGAGAGAGCCAGGACACAGGCCACUCUACACCGUCACCAAUCCCUCCAUGGGAGGAGGAUGCUGUGGAUUUCAUCCCUCCCCCACCGGAAUUCGCAAACUCUGGGGAAGAUAUAAGGGACGAGUCCCCCCAUUGUGGACCACCCCCUAGCUUAGUGCCUUGCCCUCCCCCUUUGUGCCCAGCUGAAAUUUCCCUCUCAAGCCUCACACUGUCUGCAGAACCCAAGCAAUCCACAAAGGUGUCAUCUCCUAAUGGUCAGCUUGAGGCACCUUCUGCUGCAACCUCCCUUUCUGACAGCCAGAAGACCCUCCAGAGCAUCUUACAGAAGAAGAAGCUGGAGAUGGAUGAGAGACGUACUACUGGUGCAGAAAAAUGGUCACAGUCUCAGUCAGACAAAGACUGCGAUACCUCUGUUGGGCAACGCCCUACAACCGUGAAGGAAAACGAAUCGAACCCAAGAACCCUGCCUUCACAAGCACACAGCCUUGUCCUCAGUGAGCUGGAGAGCAAAAUAUCCAAGAAGGUGCUCAAAACAGCCAACAGUGAACCUCCGUCAAAGCAGUCCUACGGCAUGACCUUCAGAGUGCAACCGGGAUCAGAACAACCAGUCACCAUGAUCAGGAAAGGAGACUCUUCAUGAAGAUACAAGAAAUCAUGAGACCACAAGACAUGCCACUGUGUACCCCUACGUGUUCACUACCAUGGCAACAGGUGUUGUUGAUGGGGGUCUUCAAUGCUACAAAAGACAGCUGAAUUUACCAGCCUUCUAAGAACAAGAAGACAUGAGUUGCCAACCACUGGAGAAGAAGCUAACAAAGCGGGGGUAGCUGGUAGUGCAAUCGUUAUGGCUGCCACCUUUGGUUCUGAAGGUUGCAAGUUCCAAUCCCCCCUCUAGCUGUAGUACCCUUGAGCAAGAUACUAACCCUAAACUGCUCCAGCCAGGAGUCCAGACAAAACCCCCAGGACAAAAACCUCCUAGGGGGAUUUUGUCUGAGGGGUUUUGUCCUACACUCGCUCCACCAAAAUUACCCAGCUGUCUAAAUGGGUAA